CUCUACGCCCCUUGGUCUCCCCCUCGGCACACUGCUCCCCUCAGCCAGACCCACAUCCAUACAUCUUCAUCUUCUUAAGACUACCGACGCCUUUUCCCAUCCUCACUUCGCCUCUCCUCCCUCCAUCUUUCUCACACUAGCGCGCCAGUCAUGGGACAUCAUCUUCAUUGAAACACCAUCCCCGGCCACAAAAAAUCACUGGAAAAAAUCCAACCCCACAUCGGACCAAUAGGGGAAGACUGGGUCUCAGACGCCUCACGCAAUCCCUGUACACGGCGACGUCCAUCACUCUUGUCACGCCCGGUGCUGUAGUCUGAUCUCACCAAUCACGGUGAACAGGAUGAUUGGAGAACGGCCGGCUACCAGGAGUAGUCGGGGUAGAGGUCGCGCUCCAGACGAUCCCGAUGAGCGUGAGAAGCAGCUGAAAGCUCAAUUGAGAGCCAUGAGCAUGUAUGCAAGUCAUACUAGUGGUGAUGGCAAUUGUCUCUUCAGAGCACUGUCGGACCAACUAUACGGCUUCCCCUCUCACUACGGUACCCUCCGGCACGAGAUUUGCGACUACCUCGAGGCAGCACCAGAGCGUUUUGCGGGAUUCGUUGACAUUGAGAAGCCCUUUGACGAGUACAUACGCACCAUGAGGCAAAAUGGCACUUACGGUGGACAUCUCGAGCUCUCUGCAUUUGCGUCCCUGAAGAGGAAAGAGAUCAAAAUUGUUCAACCUGGCCUGGUCUAUGUCGUCACAGGUGACGACGACUCGAGCGAAGCAGUGGCCGAGCGUCUAGCUCUGGAAGAGCGGAGGAAAAGGAUCCAGUCUCGUAUUCCACCAGGUACCGAAGGUCCGCCGCCUAGCGCUAGAGACUCUAGGAGGAAAAAGAGGAUAGACAGACGGAGUAAAAGUCGUGGCCUGGAAGCAGUCAAUGGCGGUGCUAGGGCUGGAAGCAGUAGACUUACCGCUGAGCCAGAAGGCGAAGGUGAUGAUGGUGAAGACGAUGUUGAUGACGAUCUUCAACAUCUGGCCGGCCCGAUAGAAGCUUACGGACCCCUCUACAUUGCCUAUCACAAUUGGGAACACUACUCAUCCAUCCGCAAUCUCACGGGGCCUCACACCGGUCUGCCACGCAUCAUCGAGCGUAACCACGACGAUAACGAGAUCAGCUCCAAUCCGAAGCCCACAGAGCACGAAGAGCUUAUCCUACGAUCAGUACCUGGGCACACUCUCUCCGAAGUACGCGUACUGCUCAAGCAGCACGGCAAUUUGUGGGAGACAGUCGUCGAGGUUCUCAUUGCAAAGGAUGCA